AUGAAGGAAGGGCUCCCAGAAUUUCAUCUGCCAGACGCAGAGACAAUCGCACAGCGCUUGCGACAAGACCAGCAAGCUUGCAUAGAGAGAAAAGUGCCCAGUAAUCUCGCAAUCCAACUAUCUUCUGUUACGGAAGAUAUUUUUGAUGAAGUAGCCUGGCAUCUCACCCCACAAAGCGAAGUCUCCAAAGCAUUGCGAUCGACUAGAUGCAAUAGCAUUAUCAAAGGUAUCAAGACCUACCUAGGCCAAUUGGAACUGAUGACCAAAUCCGAUGAACACAUUUCUAUGGAUAGUAUGCAUAUCCCAACACCAGAGGAGUUGGAAACGGCACUCAAAGUGCUAGACUAUCUUCAAAAGCACAAAGUUGUUGCUCCAACAGAGCCUUUGUCCGAGGUUCUUUUAGCCGUGCGGGGCCAGCUCUCCAUGGAUGACAACACCCGAUACACACAGCAUGAACGAUUUCAGAGAGCCGACGCACCAAAAGCACCGGAUGCGAAGAAAAGAUGCUACAUCUGUCGAUACCGUUUCUCGCCCACUGAGUCUCAUGAACUAUACCCGUCACUAUGUCGCCAAUGCGGUAUGUUCAAUAUCGGCUGCUCGAAUCUCUCCCUACCAGAAAAGCUCGAUUUGACUGGUAAAAUUGCACUCGUUACUGGUGGGAGAAUAAACUUGGGUUACUCCACUGCAUUGAGACUUCUCCGUUGUGGAGCCAAAGUCAUUGUAUCCUCUCGGUAUCCAGCCGAUGCUGCAGUUCGGUAUUCCACGGAGCCAGACUUCGCCCAAUGGGAGAAAAGACUGAAGGUAGUUGGUGCAGACUUCAGAACAGCAAACGAUGCUUUCCGUCUGGUACAUAUUGUGAAACAAUUACUCUGCGCUUGGGAUGGCGAGACCCCAUCUGAUAGGGCACGAUUUCUGGAUAUACUUAUCAACAACGCUGCACAAACCCUCACCGAUCCAAUCAAGGGGGAAGUGAGAGCCAUUUCUAGAGAGGAUCAUCUAAGAGACCAUCCACAGACCAUGGCUCUAGUUGCAGAAUCCGAGAACGACAGAUACACACCCCGCGUAAGAGGAGGACAACAAGCAACCUGGAUCCCACGCAUUACGAACAACAAAGCCCAGCCUCAAAUUGAAGGUGUAGACGGUACCCAACCUACAAACCAAAUAGCCACAAAAGGCCUCCGAACAACCGACAACGAAGAUGAAGAGCCCUCAAAAUCAUCAUGGGUCCAAUCCCUCCACGAAAUCCCCUACUCAGAUCUAAUAAGUGCCCACUCGGUCAACGCCUUCGUGCCUCUAAUCCUCUGCCGCGAACUUCUUCCAGUGAUGGGCACCUCACCAUCCUCCUCUCCUUCCCCCUCAGCUCCAUCCACACCGGCAGGAUACAUAAUAAACGUCUCGUCUCGCGAAGGAAUACUAGAAGAUACGCCCCAGUCAAGCAGCAAAGCUGGCCAUCACGUGCACACGAAUAUGUCAAAAGCAGCGAUCAACAUGAUAACAGAGACAGAAGCACAUGCUGCAUGGAAGGGACGGCGUGUUGCUAUGAAUUCUGUUGAUCCGGGAUAUAUGAGUGCUGCACCGGAGUGCCAAACUGAUGAGGGGUGUCCGAUUGGGUUUGAAGAUGGUGCUGGGAGGGUUUUGUGGCCUAUUGCUGUUGGGGAAGUUGAGGGAAAGGCUGUUUGGGGGAGGUUUAUGAAGCAUUUUCGGGUGGGAGUUGCCAUUACGCGCAGGGGAUAG